AUGAACUCCCUUAGUGCCUUACUUGAUUUUUUUAUUUUAUUUUGUACUCAUUUCUUAAAUCAAAUUUUUUGUAGAUACUUAGAAUGUGGGCCUAGAAGCGGGGCAAGCACACCGGCCAUCGAGCGGCCUGUAAAUCCGGGUCGCACCACAAAAGCAGCUCGGCGUCAAUUAAUCCCUUCGUCCUCUCGACUUCUUCGCGAUGACGAGAUUGUGGACUUGCUCAAUUACGAAAAGUCGGAGGAAGAAGUUAUGCAGCCGCCGCUGGUGCCCCACUCGACCAGGAAGUGGUUAGACGAACUACCAAAAAACAAGAUGCAAAAAGUUCUAAAAAGCAGUUAG